GCGUUCGUUAUUUUGUCGAAGAGAAAACUCAAAAAAAUACUCCUAUAAAAAUUGCUAACUGAUCAGUCGUCAUGGAAACUAUCAAUCCGAAGACCGAUGCUCUACUUGUAGUCGAUGUCCAGAACGACUUUGCCCUACCGACUGGCGCAUUGUACGUACCUCACAGCGAAGCUCUCAUUCCCAAGAUCAACCAGCUGCUUUCGCAGCAUACUUUUCGGAUAUGCGUAGGGACGCAGGACUGGCAUCCCAACAACCACUCCUCGUUCAAGACGUACGGGGGCCCGUGGCCGGUGCACUGUAUUCGAGGCACCCACGGCGCCGCCCUGCACGCCGACCUCAACGAGGCCUACCUGCAAGCGAUCAUACGCAAGGGCACCCUGGCGGAGCUGGAAAGCUACUCGGCCUUCUUCGACACCAACGGUGGUGCGACGGGGCUAGAGGGACUCCUGUGUUCCCUGGGCGUUAGGCGCGUGGUGGUGUGUGGGAUCGCACUGGACUACUGCGUCUUUGAAACUGUAAAGAGCGCGGUUUCCUGCGGUUUUGAGGUACUUGUGUUGGAAGACCUUUGUCAGGCCCUGUCGGACGAGUCUGGAGGGAAAGCAAUGGAAGAAAUGCGCGCUGCUGGGGUCAAGGUGCUCUUAAGCUCUGAACUCUGCUCUCCUAAAAAAGAUGACAAAGGUCAGUUUAAUGUCUAGUUUCUCUACUAUUAUCAUUUAAUACUAAAAAAAUACUUUGGAUCUGCCUAGCCUUCUUAGAGUGUAGCUAUUUCUUGUUUCUAUUUUUAUUUGUGCGUAUUCUGAAGGAUUGAGGGGAAGAGAAUCGAGGUCUUAAAAUACACAAGUUACGCUAGUCUUCACGUUUAGAUAUGCCUAUAUAAUCCUUACUUUUAUCGCCACUAUUGAUUUUAAAGCUGGAUACUCGUCACUGUUGAGUCAUAGGCAUUGUUCUGAAGAUCAGAACGUUUAGAGUUUCAUUUUUUCCCGACUCGAAGGACUCCAUUAUUCUAGUUCAUCGCAUAUCAAUAUGAGUAUAAAUUAUGCUUAAUCUUAUCAAUGCUUGUCAGUGAUUUUCCAACCCAAUGAAACUUCUUAAAGAAAAUCACAAAAGACGAGAGCCAAUUAUCUGGAAAUAAUACCUGCAGUUAUGCAUUUUUCCUCACGCAUUUUAAAGAGUCAUGCGUAUUGUUCUGAACAUUAAGCUUAUGCUCCUUUAUAUAUUUUUGUAUGCAUCAUAUCAUACCAAGCUUAAUUAAUAGUAGCGUGUGAUGUUAUUUAUCUUUCCGUACAUAUAUGCGUAAAUAUCAUGCAUUUUGCAUGAUAUUUACUUGAUCGGUAUCGCUU